AUGUCGACGGAGAUGGUUAAAGAUGGCGUACAAAAAGAGAGACAGAUUUCAAUAGAUCCGAUUUCUAUGAAAGAAAUUAUUGAAUAUCCAAGUUCGGGUUUACCAAAUUCUCAAAUCACCAAAAAACAAGUGCAUUCGAUGCCGAAAAAGAACAAGUUUCUUAGCACAAGUCUCCCGAAUUCGGCUUGUUCAUCACCUCGUGGGGUUCAACCAAAAACAAAAGGCAAGGACCAUGAUCAAGCUCUAGAAAGAGCUUCAACCAAGGGCACUUCUUUAUCCCAUCAACACUCUUUAGCUCUUUCUCGUCUUGUUUGGCUUCAAGAAAACCACUUACAAAGAAGCAAGUCUUGUGGUGGAGGGAGACCAUCUGUACAAUACGAUGAGUUUGACCUGACUAACAUCAAAACUAGCACCAUGAGUGCUAGUGCUGAUAGUACGCCCAGAGGUCAAACAACACAAGAUGGUGACUACACAAGAAUCAUAGAGGCAAAUAAACGUAACGAGGAGGAUUUCAAAUGCGGAGCUCUCUGCUUGUUCUUGCCAGGUUUCGGUAAGGGUAAACCGGUCAUGAGAAGUAGAAGAGAGGACCGAGAAGAAACUAGACACGUGAUAUCCCGGAGGGUGUCUCUUGAAAAAUUCGAAUGUGGAUCAUGGAGGUCAUCAGCGUUUUUUAAUGAUGAUGGAGGGAGCGGUUUUUCCUCAAACCUUUACUUUGAUUUGCCUCUAGAGCUGAUACAAACGAGCAAUGACGCUACUUUGCCGGUGAGUUCGGCCUUUUUGUUUGAUAAGGAUGUGAAAGGAGUUCUUAAGACGAAAGGUGGUGGAGAAAGGAAGUCAAAUGAUUCCCGUCGUCACGUACGCUUUUCAACAUCUUCGCCUUCGGCGUCACCAUCUUCGUGCAUCACACCUCGUAUGCGCAAGGCUCGGGAGGACUUCAAUUCAUUUUUAGAAGCUCAGAAUGCAUAA